AUGGACGUAGCCACCGCCACUGCCGAGACCGCCGCAGAGCUCGUAAAGGACGAGUUAGCGGAGAAAUGUCAGAAGUUAUUCCAGGCUUUUCUUGAAGAGUAUCAGAGCGUGGAUGGAGAGGUGAAGUACGUGCGUGAGGCAGAAGAGUUGAUUCGGCCCGAGAGAAACACACUACUUGUGAGUUUCACCGAUUUGGAAGGCUUCAACCAGGAGCUAGCGACCACCAUUCAGGAGGAAUACUACAGGGUGUAUCCGUUCUUGUGUCGUGCUGUCCGAAAUGUUGCACGGGAUCAUGGCAAUGUCCCAUUGAACAAAGAAUUUUAUGUUGCCAUCCAGGACCUACCAACCAGACACAAGAUUCGUGAGCUAUCAUCAAUGCGUAUUGGCUCCUUGGUGAGAAUCAGUGGUCAAGUGGUCAGGACUCACCCUGUGCACCCUGAACUGGUGAGUGGGACUUUCGUCUGCAUGGACUGCCAGGCAGUGAUUAAAGACGUCCCGCAGCAGUUUAAAUACUCGCCGCCCACUAUUUGCAGAAACCCUGUCUGCAGCAACCGUGCGCGGUUCCACCUUGACACUCACAAGUCCAAGUUUGUUGAUUUCCAGAAGGUUCGUAUUCAGGAGACUCAGGCAGAGCUUCCUCGAGGCUCAAUCCCACGGUCACUGGAGAUAGUUCUGCGGGCAGAGGCAGUGGAGACGGCGCAGGCUGGAGACCGCUGCGACUUCACUGGGUCCUUGAUUGUUGUGCCAGAUGUGUCUCAGCUUGCCACCCAAGGAGUCCGUGCAGAGACCAGUACCCGAUUAGCUGGUGGACGACAAGGCUUUGAAGCAGAAGGUCUGAGGGGACUGAAGGCUCUGGGAGUGAGGGAGCUGUCUUACAGACUGGCCUUCCUCGCCUGCAAUGUGGCGCCCACAAACCCUCGUUUUGGAGGCAAAGAACUGCGGGAAGAAGACCAGACAGCUGAAAGUAUCAAGAGUCAGAUGACUGAAAAGGAGUGGGAGAAAGUGUUUGAAAUGAGCCAAGACAAGAAUCUCUAUCACAACCUGUGCACCAGUCUCUUCCCCACUAUUCAUGGUAACGAUGAAGUUAAACGUGGCGUACUGCUCAUGCUCUUUGGAGGUGUUCCUAAAACAACUAUGGAGAGGACAUCACUCAGAGGGGAUAUCAACGUCUGUAUUGUUGGAGACCCAAGUACUGCAAAAAGUCAAUUCCUUAAACAUGUAGAGGAGUUCAGUCCAAGAGCGGUGUACACCAGUGGAAAGGCCAGCAGCGCUGCUGGUCUGACUGCUGCUGUGGUGCGAGAUGAAGAGUCUCAUGAGUUUGUUAUUGAGGCUGGAGCCCUGAUGUUGGCAGACAAUGGUGUGUGCUGCAUUGAUGAGUUUGACAAAAUGGACUUAAAAGAUCAGGUGGCCAUUCAUGAAGCUAUGGAACAGCAGACUAUCAGCAUCACUAAAGCUGGGGUCAAGGCCACUCUAAAUGCUCGGACGUCUAUUUUGGCUGCUGCAAACCCAGUGGGUGGCCGCUACGAUCGCAGCAAGAGCCUGAAGCAAAACGUCAAUCUGUCCGCUCCCAUCAUGAGCCGCUUUGACCUGUUUUUCAUCCUGGUGGACGAUUGUAAUGAGGUAACGGACUAUGCCAUUGCUCGGCGCAUUGUAGACCUACACUCGCGUGUGGAGGAGUCUGUGGACAGACUUUAUUCACUGGAUGAAAUCCGCAGAUAUCUGUUGUUUGCUCGUCAGUUCAAACCAAAGAUUUCCAGUGAGUCUGAAGAGUUCAUUGUUGAGCAGUACAAGCGCCUUCGCCAGCGGGACGGCUCUGGGGGCGUGACCAAGUCGGCCUGGAGGAUCACUGUGCGCCAGCUGGAGAGCAUGAUUCGGCUGUCAGAGUCCAUGGCCCGUAUGCACUGUUGUGAUGAGGUUCAGCCCAAACACGUAAAGGAAGCGUUUCGUCUUCUUAACAAGUCCAUCAUUCGGGUUGAGACGCCUGACAUAAAUCUUGAGCAGGAAGAACAAAUGGAGGACGAGGAGCAACAAGAAGCUAAUGGCAUGGACGGGGUUAACGGGGACAGAGUUAACGGGGUGAAUGGCAUCAAUGGCCUUGCUGCCGUCAACGGCCAUGUGAAUGGCGUCAACGGGCAUUCGGAGAGCCAGGCCAAACCCUCCCUUCGCUUGUCCUUUGCUGAAUACAGACGCAUCUCCAACCUUUUAGUUCUGCAUCUGCGCAAGUCCGAAGAAGUUGAGGAAGAGGAGGAGUUGAAGAAGAGUGCUGUCGUGAACUGGUACUUGAAGGAGAUUGAAGCAGAUAUAGAGUCUGAAGAGGAUCUGAUCAAUAAAAAGGCACUCGUGGAGAAAGUAAUCCACAGACUUGUUCACUAUGAUCACAUUCUUAUUGAGCUGUCACAAGCUGGAUUGAAGGGAUCAGAACCUGCAAGUACAGAGGAAGAAGCGGUGCUGGUUGUGAACCCUAACUACAUCCUCGAAGAUUAA